CAUUCAGAGUCUACGUCUGACCUGGACUGAAAUGUAGGUGAGAGACAAGAUUGGCUCACAUCCUAGGAAAUAACCCAUAACUAGGGAAGAGGAAGCACUGCCUUACCUUCAACAGGAGCCACAGCCUCUGCCCAGGCAAAUUGUGCUCUACUGCGAAAAGCAUAAUUUUAAGUUAUUCAAAGUGGAUCCCAAAGGAGAAGUCACAGCAAAGAAGUUGCCACCAAGCAGCCCAAGAGGCCCGGCAGCCAACCUGGAGGAGAGACCUGGAGAAAGCUGGAAACAUGCUGCCCUUAUGCACUGCGAAGCCGCAGAUUCAGCUCCUGGGAAGCCUGCCGUCAGCACACUUGAGGGAGAUGGGGGUCCCCAAAUCUGCCGUGUAUGCGGGGACAAGGCUACUGGCUACCACUUCAAUGUCAUGACAUGUGAAGGAUGCAAGGGCUUUUUCAGGAGAGCCAUGAAACGCAACACCCGGCUGAGGUGCCCCUUUCGGAAGGGCGCCUGCGAGAUCACCCAGAAGACCCGGAGACAAUGCCAGGCCUGCCGCCUCCGCAAGUGCCUGGAGAGCGGCAUGAAGAAGGAGAUGAUCAUGUCGGACGCGGCUGUGGAGCAGAGGCGGGCCUUGAUCAGGAGGAAGAAGAGAGAACGGAUGGGCACUCAGCCCCUGGAAGCCAAGAGUCUGACUGAGGAACAGCAGACAAUGAUCAGAGAGCUGAUGGAUGCUCAGACGAAAACCUUUGACACCACCUUCUCCCACUUCAAGGAUUUCCGGCUGCCAGAAGUGCUCAGCAGCGGUCCUGGGAUUCCGGAAUCUCUGCAGACUCUAUCGGGGGAAGACGCUGCCAAGUGGAGCCAGAUCAGGGAGGAUCUGUGCUCACUGAAGGUCUCUCUGCGGCUGCGGGGGAAAGAUGGCAGCGUCUGGAACUACAGACCCCAAGCUGACAGCAGUGGGAAAGAGAUCUUUUCCCUGCUGCCCCAUAUGGCUGACAUGUCAACCUACAUGUUCAAGGGCAUCAUUAACUUUGCCAAAGUCAUCUCCCAUUUCAGGGACCUGCCCAUCGAAGACCAGAUCUCCCUGCUGAAGGGGGCCACCUUUGAGCUGUGCCAACUGAGAUUCAACACAGUGUUCAACGCAGAGACUGGAACCUGGGAGUGUGGCCGGCUGUCCUACUGUUUGGAGGACACUGCAGGUGGCUUCCAGCAGCUUCUCCUGGAGCCCGUGCUGAAAUUCCACUACAUGCUGAAGAAGCUGCAGCUGCAUGAGGAGGAGUAUGUGCUGAUGCAGGCCAUCUCUCUUUUCUCCCCAGACCGCCCUGGUGUGGUACAACGCAGCGUGGUGGACCAGCUGCAGGAGAGAUUCGCCAUCGCCCUGAAGGCCUACAUCGAGUGCAAUCGGCCCCAGCCUGCCCACCGGUUCCUGUUCCUGAAGAUCAUGGCCAUGCUCACUGAGCUCCGCAGCAUCAAUGCCCAGCACACCCAGCGUCUGCUUCGCAUCCAGGACAUACACCCCUUUGCUACCCCCCUCAUGCGGGAGUUGUUCAGCAUCACGGAUGGCUGAGCAGCUGCCCCUUGGACGAGCCUCCGUGGGGCAGCCAGAUUCCUCGGAGCUGCCAUUCCUGGGGCUAGAUAGAUGGAUACGGCUGAGAGCUGACAAUGCCUUACAGGUCCUGCCUCCCCGGGGAAUGCACAACCACCCCUCCGACAAUGCUGCCUGGCAUUCUUCAGGAAGGGGAUAAGGGUCUCCCCAGCAUGGAGAGUGAAGCCACAUAGACACUUUGAUGAAGAGUGCACUGGCCUAUAGGUUGGGCCCGUCCAGAGGCGAGAUCACCCUCCCCUUAGAAAUGGCCCUGUGGUCUGGGGAUUUAGUGUCAUGGUGGGAGAGGGGAAGAGGUGACUGGGGCUGGACCAUCUGGGAGUCUAUGCUCGCACCCAAGUUCAUUAGCUUCUUGGAUGUUUCCACUGCUAUCUCUAAGUAUCCCUAUCUUUCCCACCCCACUCAUUCCCAACCUGCAGCCUCUUGUCCUGAGCUGUUCAGUGAGUCCCAGGCCUGUGUUCAUCAGCAGGUGCAUUUGUGUCUGUGAGAGAAGCCUGAAGGCCUGUAGCAAACGGCAGAAGCUUGUCAUGACUUCUGUGUCUAUUCUUCCUUCUUUCUGGGCACCUCAUUCUGUGUCUCUGCAUCCAUUCAAACACAUUAGUAAGCACCAACAGUUUGCAGCUCGCUGUGGGGUAUACAAUGCUGACUCAGACAUGGUUCCCGACCUUCAAUACUUUCAAGUUCAAUCUAACAAAGCAGAAACACAAAUAGCUUUGAUCAAAAGCAGUGAUAAUUGACAUAAGAAACACAAGGAAUUUCUGUGAAUGCCAUGUGGGGUUCUGCAUGCACUUGAGGACCCAAGUGAGGGAUCUCUGGAACGUGUGUUCGUGGGACCGAACUGGCUGUGUGCAUAUGUGUGUGCCUUGGUGUAGGUCUGCUCCGCGUAUGGACUGGAGCUUGGCUUUUCUCCUGAGGCUGGAACACGGGGUGCUUUGUGUGACAAGGCUACACUGGCAGGCAGUUAAUAAACCGUCUAGAUACACAUGCACCGUAUGUUCCUGUUUACACGUCUAUUUUGAAAGCUACAGAGUAUGAAAGUGUUUGCGUUGUUUAUAGCCAUUUUGACUAAAAAUGUUUUUGCCCUUUGUGCAAAUUAUAUUUUGAGUAAUUUCACAAAAGGCAUUCUAUACCCAAGGACAGGCUUAGCAAAUAGGUUCCUGAGUUCAGUGUCAAAUAAAGGCAAGAGGACUUAAAUAACUUUUGGCUAGAGAUGUAAACCUUUUUUGCCUUCUUUUCUGGGGGAGAAAGAAAUGUGGGGGUGGGAAAAUAGAAGUAUUAUUAUAUAUUUCUUUACUACUUAUUUUACUAUUGCCCUUUACACAUCUAAAGGCUAUUGGUGUAAAAACAUAAAAAUGAUUUCACCUGGUUUGCUCACGAUUAUUCCAUGUAAAAACCAUAUAAAAAUGCUACAUCUCCCCAAUUGUGUAUGUGUUUGUGUACAUAUAUAUAAAAAAUUUAAACGUAGUAAUUGAA